UGCAGCCGAGUGAUAAAGCUAUGAAUCAACCGCGAACUGCACGCGGCAAACGCCCAACAAACAAAAAAUUUACAGCAGCGGCGGCGAAUCCUUCCAAACCCGGCGGCGAGAUCCACGCGGCGGCACGGCAGGCAGGCGGAGGCGCCCCCGCCCGCCUUCUUGCCGUGCGCGCCUCCCCUUCCCUUCCCCGCUCCCCGCGCACGCCGAGGCCCAGAAUUGGGGGCUCGGGGUCGGUUUCAAUUCAUGACGGUGCGGCCGGUGUGGGUGGUGUGGGUGGCGCGGGGGUCGGCGGCGGCGUGGCAGCGGGUGGCGUGCAACCCGGAGACGCUCCCGCCCGACCGCGUCCUCGCGCUGAUCUGCUGCGCGCCGCUCCACCUCCUCGCGCGCCUCGCCGCCUUCCUCUGCAUCCCCUUCCUCCCCGGGCCAGCCCGCGGCCCCCUCCGGCCCCGCCGCGACCGCCGCGUCUUCCUCGUCCUCCAGCCUCCGGAGCUUGCGCCGCACCCCUUCACCUACUCGUCCAACUCCUCCUCGUCCUCGUCUUCGGAGGAUGAGGCUGACGACAUCCACGAACACGCCGAUUGAGGUUGAGGUUAAGGCUCAGGAAGUAGUGAGAAUUUUGGGGCUUCAGAAGCGAAGAAUUCACACUCGCAUGUUGUACUGGAUGCUGAAAUGCUUGCCCUUCUGUCAAUUGGUUUUCUAGACUUGACAUUCUGAGAUUGUUCAUUGUUAAUAAGUCCAUAGGCCAGAAGCUCUGCAAAAAGGAUACCACCGGUUUAAGCUGUGAUUAUUGACUGUUGCAUUGUAUUUUAUUUAUUGAACUCAUCACGAGGUAGUAGCGUAAUGUAUCUCAUAUUUGUUGUUGUGCGCGAAAGUUGAAAUGCAAUUCCAUGUUUUUGAA